AUGAGUCUAUUUCGCAAUCUUUUGCGACAAACUCGUAGAUUGAGCCUUCAGAUUAAUCCAAGCCGCAAUGGGUAUGGAGUUGCUGGUGUUAAGGGUUUUCAUACAACAACAAAAAAUCAAGAUCUAAUGGAAUUUUUUGAUGAUAAAAAGAAUUGGAAUGAAAAUAAUAUUAAGGUGGGCAGAUCAUGGAAAUUAGACGAAUUGAGAAUAAAAUCUAAUACAGAUUUGCAUAAACUCUGGUAUGUGUUGUUGAAAGAACGUAAUAUGCUGUAUACCAUGGAACACGAGUGUAAUGAUCAAGUUAAAUUAUUUCCAAAUCCAGAAAGAAUAGACAAAGUUGAAGAAUCAAUGAAAAAUAUAGAAACAGUGGUCAGAGAAAGAAAUGUCGCUUAUUAUCAACUAGAGACAGGGGAAACUGGAGAACGUCCGGUAGAAGAGGUUGUAAACCUUUUUGGUUUGCCAGAGACUUAUUCCAAGAAAGAGUAUUUCCUACCAAAGUUUAUGAACACUCGUUGGACCAAGACUUAUUUAGAUCAUGGUUAUAUCAAUAGUGUUGCAGUUAAAAAGUUUUAUAGAUUGUACAAAGAAAAACAAUAUAAUGAAGAGCGUAAAGCACGUAAUAGAGAUUUUAAUCAUGUCCAACAUCUUUUAAAACGUUUCCCCAACAUGGAUAUGGAUGCAUUGAAGGCAGAGUAUCCUAAUGUAGAUAUUGAAAAGGCUAAGCGUACUAAAAAAGCAAGAGGUAAAUAUUUUCAGACAUUGUUGUUAUUAGCUGCAACAUCAGGCGCCUUAACAGUUCAAGCUCCGGGUGGUUAUUCAUAUAACCGUUUCAGUGGUCCAGUCAGCGGAAAGAUUGUGGAAGUUCAGGUAUCCCCUGCCGAAGGAAUCCCCGCACAGCAGCAUGCCCAAUAUGGAUACGACCACAAAACAGGGAAGAUAAAUCCAGAAACGGCAAAGUAUGAUCGUUUGAAAACGGUGGAUUAUAAGGCUAAACCAGACUAUCACUUCUCAUAUGGAGUCCAGGACCCACAUCACGGAAACCAGCAAGAUCACGUCGAAUCUCGUGAUGGUGAUGUUGUUCGCGGCGAAUACUCUCUUGUUGAACCUGAUGGCUCUAUCAGAGUUGUGAAAUAUACAGCUGACCCCAAAAACGGUUUUCAGGCCAUAGUCGAAAAGAAGCCGGGUGGCCAACCAAAUGCUCCAGUGCAUUAUGCAAAGAAAGAACAAACUUAUCAAGAACCUGAUUACUAG